AUGGCAAUCAAGUUGGACAUGGCUAAAGCCUAUGAUAGAGUGGAGUGGCAUUUUUUGCAGGCAAUGAUGCAGAAGAUGGGAUUCUGUCCACAAUGGAUCAAUUGGAUUACUAGUUGUAUGAAGUCUGUCACUUACUCUUUCAACUGCAAUGGAGAAAUCAAAGGCUUUGUUACACCAGGGAGAGGAAUAAGGCAGGGAGAUCCCUUGUCUCGCUACCUUUUCUUAAUCCGUUCAGAAGGUUUCUCAAGCCUGUUGAGAAAAGCAGAAGGAAGAAAUGAGAUAAAAGGGCUGAGAAUUAGUAGGCAAGGGCCUAUCAUUACUCAUCUCUUCUUUGCAGAUGACUCACUCAUUUUCUGUAAAGCCAGUAUUCAUCAGGCCAAUGAAAUUAUGAAGCUCCUCAAAACGUAUGAAGAGGCAUCAGGUCAGCUGAUCAAUUUAGAUAAAUCAACUGUAUUUUUUAGCAAAAACAUGAAUCUGGAACAAAGGAAGGAAAUAUGCAGUGCUCUGGGUGGAAUGGUAGAAAUGACACAAGAGAAAUAUUUAGGUCUCCCAAUGGUGAUAACAAGAACAAAGGAUCAGGUGUUUGGGUUCAUCAGAGACAACAUAAGAAGAAAGCUUCAGGAUUGGAAAAAUAAGAAGCUGUGCAAAGACAUUACUGCAUCUAUGGCUAACUACUGGUGGGGAGAGACAGAUGGGAAAAGCAAGAUGCAUUGGCUGUCAUGGAAAAAAGUGGCACUGAAAAAAUCUGAAGGUGGCUUAGGAUUCAAGGAUAUAGAAGCAUUUAAUAAGGCUUUGUUGGGGAAGCAGAUCUGGAGGGUUUUAACCAAUCCAAAUCUACUCAUCAGUAGAGUACUGAGAGCUAAGUACUUCCCUAAGGACUCCAUAUUCAAGUGCAAACCUCAAAAAAAUGUCUCUUGGAUUUGGCAAAGUCUAUUAGGAGCCAGAAGCUUAGUUGAAAAAGGUGUGAUCAAGAGGAUUGGCAAUGGGAGAAGCACAAACAUUUGGGAGUAUAAAUGGAUUCCAGGAUCAUCUUCUGGUAAGCCUUCUACCCCAAGACCUCUUAACAGCUCACUAAAGAUAGUACACGAGCUUAUCAUUCAGAAAAGAUGGGACAGGAACACCAUUUUUAGAGUUUUUAACCAAAGUGAUGGAGAGAGGAUUUUGAGCAUCCCUAUCAGUUCAAUAGGUAGGGAGGAUAGCUAUUUUUGGCAACACAAUGCAGGAGGUUGUUAUUCUGUAAGUUCUGGAUACAAACUUUUGAUGGAAGAAAAUAACAGUACUGAGAAGGCAAAAUUAGGAAAAGCUGGUCCAAGCAUAAUGGAAGAAAGCCAACAACUGAAACAAAUAUGGAAUACUCUUUGGAAGCUUAACAUAAAACAUAAGAUUAAGCUGUUUAUAUGGAAGUGCAUCAAAGGGGCAUUGCCAGUCAAAGAAGCAAUCUUCAGAAGGACAGGAAUGGGAGAUCCAAUAUGUAGAGCUUGUGGGGAGAGCCAGGAAACAGUGGAACAUCUACUAUUAAACUGCCCGAAUACCUUGGAUAUAUGGAAAGUGACCCCAAUACAAUGGGAUGGAGCUAGAGAUCAACAAGGAGACUUCAAACGAUGGUGGAGCAAAAUAUCAGAGGCAAAGACAAGACUAGAAGGGGCACAGCAUAUUGGACUGACUGCAAAUAUUCUGCAAGUGUGGAAAGAAAGAAAUAAGAAGGAUUUUGAAAAUCAAAACAGAUGUCCACCAGUGAAGACAAUGAACAAGGCUCAGAAGGAGUGGAUGAAACAAGAGGAACUAGGAAAAACUAAGGACAGCAUGAGCACAGGAGAAACAGCUGUCAACCAAACAGUACAUCAGCAGGAGCAUGAAGAUGAGGGGAUCAUAAUACUGGAAGUGAAUACAACAAGCCAGCAAAGACAGCCUUCAUUUGGAGUUGGAGCCAUAGCUAGGACAUACCAGCACACAAGGAUUGUAGAAUGGGCACUAAAGGAGAGAACACUCGGAACGAAGAUCCUUGAUGAUGCGGUAGCAGUUAAACUGGUCUUAAGUAAAGCUAUGGAGCAACAUUGGGACAGGAUCAAAAUCCUUUUCCACAACAAAGAAUUACUGAGACAGUUAAGGCAUCAGAGCUCCUCAGAAAGCCGUUUACCAACAUUGGUUGAUGAUAUUACUGAAUUGCAGAAGAUGUUUUGCAUGUGCUCUUUUGAGCUAGUUAGUGAAGAAAAUAUGAUAAAUUGUAAAAGACUUAGUUUUUAUGCCUUAGGCAUUCUUGUGAAUGAGGAAUGGUACUUUCCUCAGUGCACUUGA